CCCGGUAUCGCACCCGCCUCUUGUGUUGACUGCUGGGAGAGGAGACUCGCGUUGCGGCAGCAAUGACAGAGAACGUGAAGUCUUGGCUUUACUCUUUCUGCGGCAAGAAGAAAAUCACUCCCAACUAUGAGGUCCGCAAUUCAGGGCCCAAACAGCGGCAGAGGUUCCUGUGUGAGCUGAGGGUGCCUGGCUACAACUAUGUGGGUGUGGGCAACUCCACCAACAAGAAGGACACUCAGGCUAACGCUGCUCGAGACUUUGUGCAGUUCCUCAUUAGACAAGGAGAGGUGUCUAUCAAUGAUGUACCGGAUUUACAGGGCGACAGCGGCGGCGGUGGUGGUGGCGGCGGCAGCAGCGGCAGCAGCUUGACUAGUACCAAUAGUGGUGAUGGACAACCCUCUCUAAUGGGGCCAGCUCCGGGGCAGGGACAGGGGCAGGGGUCAGGGGGAGGCAUGUUUGGGGACGGCCUGCUGCCCCUCUCCGCCCCCAUGGCUCCCGUCCCCGGCCUGAGGGAUGAGGGGAAUGUGUACCUCCCCAUACAGAGAGGUGGCCGCCCCAUGACAUAUAUGGAACGUGUGGAGGAGAGGAAGGCUGUGGAGGAGGCGGAGGACGUGGAUCUGACGGCCAACAUCCACGGGAACUGGACUGUGGAGAACGCCAAGUCUCGCCUCCACAUGUUCCUGCAGACCAACAAAAUAAAAGCGGAUUACAAAUACAGUGCCAUCGGUCCGGACCAUAACAGGAGCUUCGUGGCUGAGAUGUCGUUCUACGUGAGGCAGCUGCAGAGAAACAUCUAUGCGAGGGAGACAGGUUCCAAUAAGCAUGCGGCCAGCAAGAGUUGUUCCCUGUCCAUCGUGCGCCAACUGUUCCACCUGAAUGUGAUUGAGGCGUUCUCUGGCACCCUCAAGAAGAAGGAGAGUGAGAAACUUAAACCAUACGAUGUGGUGCUCGUCCCGGACCUUGUGACGCAGUUAGAUGCCACUCUUAAGAGUACUGGGGUGGUGCCGGUGUUCCCUGGGAACGACCCAACUGCCUCGGUGAACCUGGCCUCCGACGUGAAGCUGGCCGAGUUUGACACCCCUGAGGCACCACCCAGCACAGGGGGCAUUGUGUCCUGGUCCCCCCCUCAGCCCAACUGGAACCCUUGGACAUCCUGCAACCUGGACGAUGGACCCAUGGCUUCGAUGAGUAAGAACCUGGACCAGCUGAGCCAGUCGAUGCAGCAACAUUUCCAGGACCGCCUGCAGACCGACAGCCGGCUCCAGCACAUGAUGAACCAGCGCAAGGACUUACCUGUCUUCAGCAAGAGACAGGAGAUUCUGGCCGCUGUUUAUGACAACCCCGUCACCAUCAUCAGGGGCAACACCGGCUGCGGCAAGACCACUCAGGUGUGCCAAUACAUCCUGGACGAUUAUAUACAGUCUGGAUCCGGCGCUUACUGCUCCAUUGUGAUCACCCAGCCGCGUCGCAUCUCAGCUGUCUCCGUGGCCGACCGCAUCGCCUGUGAGCGUGCCGAGGAGCUGGGACGCACCGUGGGGUAUACUGUCAGGUUUGAGAGCGUCCUGCCAAGUCCUUACGGUUCCAUCCUGUUCUGUACGGUGGGUGUGUUGCUGCGGAAGCUGGAGUCCGGCCUGCGUGGUGUGUCGCAUGUGAUUGUCGACGAGAUCCAUGAAAGAGACAUCAACACCGACUUCAUCCUUAUUGUUCUGCGAGACAUGGUGCGUGCGUUCCCCGACCUGCGCAUCAUCCUCAUGUCGGCCACCAUCGACAUCUCCCUCUUCCACAACUACUUUGGCAACCCCGUAGUGAUCGAGGUGGAGGGGCGCGCCUUCCCCGUGCAGGAGUACUUCUUGGAGGACUGCGUGGAGCUCACCAAGUUUGUGCCGCCACCAGACACAAAGAAGAAGAACAAGAAGGACAAAGAGGAUGAGCUUCCAGGCGACGAACCGGAGGAGAACUUGAACAUAGUAAGAUCGACACUCUAUUCUGAAGCCACUCGCCAAACGAUGUCCCAGAUGAAUGAAAAGGACAUGUGUUUUGAGCUGGUGGAGGCGUUACUCAAGUACAUCGACUCCCUGGGUGUCACCGGUGCUGUCCUGGUGUUCCUCCCAGGCUGGAAUAUCAUCUUUGCCCUCAUGCGACACCUCAAUCAACACCCGGUCUUUGGGGGCAGUCGGUAUAUGGUGAUGCCCCUGCACUCCCAGCUGCCCAGGGAGGACCAGCGGAGGGUGUUCGACAAUGUCCCCGACGGUACCAGGAAGAUCAUCCUGGCCACCAACAUCGCCGAGUCGUCCAUCACCAUUAACGACGUGGUGUUCGUGAUUGACUCGUGCAAGGCCAAGAUGAAGCUGUUCACCUCACACAACAACAUGACAAACUACGCCACGGUCUGGGCCUCUCGCACCAACCUGGAGCAGCGCAAGGGGCGGGCUGGUAGGGUGCGGCCUGGCUUCUGCUUCCACCUCUGUAGUAGGGCCCGCCAUGAGCGUCUGGACGAGCACAUCACCCCUGAGAUGUUCCGCACACCCCUCCAUGAGAUCAGCCUGUCCAUCAAACUCCUUCGUCUGGGCUCCAUCGGGGAGUUCCUGUCCAAGGCCAUCCAGGCGCCUCCCAUUGAUGCUGUCAUUGAAGCCGAGGUGACCCUGCGUGAGAUGAAGUGCCUGGACAAGAUAGACGAACUGACCCCCCUUGGCCGCAUCCUGGCCCGCCUGCCCAUUGAGCCUCCUGGGAAGAUGGUGAUUCUGGGUUGCAUCUUCUUCUGUGGUGACGCCAUGUGCACCAUUGCCGCCCAUAACUCUUCAUCGCAGGAGAUUUUCAUUAUUCCCCCAGAGUUCCGACGCCUCAGUCCGUUUCAGAAGUCAUUUGCCGCCAGCCGCUUCAGUGACCACAUAGCCACCCUGAACGCCUUCUCUUCGUGGGAGGAGGCCAGGGCAGGGGGCGAACAGGCUGAGAUUAGCUUCUGUGACUUCAAGGGUCUCUCCAUGCCCACCCUGCGUGUCAUCUGGGAGGCUAAGAACCAGCUGAAGGAACUCCUGGUGAACGCUGGCUUCCCUGAGGAGUGCUUGAUACCGCAGCCUUACAAUUUCCAUGGACCAGACAAUAAGCUGGACCUCUUGGUGGGGCUAAUGGUUCUUGGACACUACCCCAAUGUGUGUGUCCAUAAGGAGAAGAGAAAGGUGCUGACGACGGAAUCCAGGGCAGCUCUGAUCCACAAGUCUUCGGUGAACUGCAACAACCGUGAGACGAACUUCCCUUGCCCGUUCUUUGUGUUUGGUGAGAAGAUCCGCACAAGGGCCGUGUCGUGCAAGCAGAUGACGAUGGUGACCCCAAUCCACCUGAUACUGUUUGGGUGUCGGCGGGUGGAGGCGGUGGAUGGCGUGGUGCGGCUGGACGGGUGGAUGAAUGUCAACAUGAGCUCGGAACACGCGGCGAAGAUCAUGGCGCUGCGGCCCAGUCUGGACGCUCUCAUCAUUAGGGGCACUGCACAGCCAGACACUAUGACGGAGCCCUCACACCAUGAUGAACAGGUGAUAAACUGUGUGCGUCAGCUGUGCAGGAUGAACGCUGGCCGGCACAACAUGGAGCAGAUCAGCCAGGGCAGCUUCAGCACCCCCCGCCCCCCCAGGAUGUUUGGUGCUGGACCCCCCAUUAAGAGGAUGAGGAGCGAGGAUGAGACUGACGGCGGCGGCGGCGGCGGCUUCAGUCAACCCCCUGGCGGCGGCUACGUCAACAACAGUUCCUUUGGGGGCGGGGCGGCGGGGGCUUCCGGGGCGGCUUUCGGAGCGGCCGGGGUGGAUAUGGAGGUGGGGGUUACCGGGGCGGGUAUGGUGGUGGUGGGGGCUAUGGAGGGGGUUACUCCCGUGGUGGUUACAUGGGGGGCAUGGGUGGCAUGGGGGUAUGGGGAGUAUGGGUGGUAUGGGUGGCAUGGGGGAGUAUGGGUGGUAUGGGGGUAUGGGUGGCAUGGGGGUAUGGGUGGCAUGGAGGAGAGGGGUAUGGAGGGUACGGGUGGCAUGGGGGAGAGGGGUAUGGGGAGUAUGGGUGGCAUGGGGGAGGGGUCAGUAUUAAGGAAUGGGUGUACGUGUUGA